CAAGGCAAGUUCUGUGAAAUUUAUGUAAUUUGUACCUAAAAUAUUUUAUUUUAAUAUUCAAUCAAGAAAUACCAUAGCUUAAUAUCUUUAGCCAUGUGCUACGUUAAUAGUGUGUGCAAAUAUUAUGCCAAUCGCUACCCUGAGAAGUUCGUGAAGAUAGUGCAUCCGUUUUCGGUGAUCUUCGUAUUGGUUGGCAUCGUCUUCUUUUUCUCGGUGCAAAUGUUGUACAUUGCUCCCAAAGUAUACGGCGACUUAGCGUACAAGCUCUACUGGAUUUUGGCCAUCUUCGUAACGUACAAUGUCCUGGGAAAUAUGCUGGCCUGUUAUUCCACAAACACUUCGGUCUCCAGUUUGCCCAAGGAGCGGCAAGUUCCGGAUCCGGAGGAGGAACACCUGUGGCAUUACUGUGAAAUCUGUCAGAAGCUAAUGCCUCCACGAUCCUGGCACUGUGUUUUGUGCAAGGCCUGCAUUUUGAAGAGGGACCACCACUGCAUCUUCACGGCGACUUGCAUCGGACACAACAAUCAGCGGUAUUUCUUCUGGCUCACAUUCUAUAUAACAUGUGGAUUGGUUGUGAGCUUUGCCACCUUCAGCAUUUAUGUUUGCAAGGUUGGCCUGCGCAAUUUCAUGUUCUCGCCCGUGGAGUUAAUAGUCAAGAUUGCCUACAAGGACCAUGGCUGUAGUUCAAGAAGUAUUUUUGAGAAUCUCGCACUUAACCUGAAUAUUAUCACCUGUUUAAUUCCCGGCUUCAUGUUGGCAUACCAAAUUCAGAUUUUGUACCUUAACUCUAGUUACUACGAAAUGUUUACUCGCAUAUACGAUUUGGGUGUUCGAGAAAACUGCAAAAUUGUCAUGGGCCAACGAGGCCUCUGGACUUUUUUAUCGCCCUCAUUGAAGAGUCCUCUGCCCAACGAUGGAACCCAGUGGCAAAUGAAGCGGAACCUAUAAAUUUAUUGCAUCGUUAUACGAUUUACAAAAUUAUUUUCCCUUAC